AUGGCCUACGCCCAACCCCAUCCCCGCUUUUCUGUCCUCUCCUCGUCGUCCCUCCCGUCCACGGACCACCUCUCGCCCGCGUCCUCGUCCACCCGCUUCUCGCUGCCCACCGCGCCCUCCAUCUCCACCGCGUCCACCCCCAAGCCCGGCCUCCGCCCGAACAUCUACGACCGCCCCCUCAACCGCACCCGCGCCGCAGACGUCUCCGCCUCCGCCUAUGCCUUCCUCUUCUCCGAGCUCGUCCAGUACACCCACAAGCGCGUCGCCGGCAUCAACGACCUCGAGCGCAGGCUGAACACCCUCGGCUACCGCGUCGGCACACGCGUCCUCGAGCUCAUGUCCUGGCGCACAGAGUCCGCCAACAAGGCCCCCAAGCGCGAGAUCCGCUUCCUCCCCGCCCUCAUGUCCAUCCACACCCACCUCUGGCGCGCCGUCUUCGGCAAACCCGCUGACGCCAUCGAGCGCAGCGUCGAGAACGCCGACGAGUAUAUGAUCAUCGACAACGACCCGCCCAUCACCCGCGCCAUCUCCGUCCCCCGCGACAUGUCCCAGCUCAGCUGCUCCUCCUUCACUGCCGGCAUCGUCGAAGCCGUCCUCGACGGCCUCGGCUUCCCCGCCCGCGUGACCGCGCACAACACCCCCACGGACCAGUUCCCGGGGCGCACCACCAUCCUCAUUAAGCUCGAACAGUCCGUUCUCGACCGCGAAGAGGCCCUCAAGGCGUGA